GUUCUGCGCAUGCGCCUUCUGUCUUUAUCCACAGCGAGACCCUUUUUCCUCGUAAAUCUCUAGAGAAAAGGGGGAAAAAUAUCAAUGCAUGUUUUCUUUCUAAUGCUCCAAACAGACUGUUGUGUCCCAGGGCACCAGCACUGACACCGACCAAAGUGCCGUCAGGAAACAUUCAACCUUCGGGACCAAAGGUUUUUUUCGUCCGCCGUGUGCUGAAAUGAGACCCAAGCACCUCUCGGAUGGUGGACUGCACAGCUGAAUUCCAGCUGCUUGUGGAGCAUGGGUACAACUGCCAGCGCCGCACCACAGCCAAUUUCUAUAACGUCUCCACUCGAGAGUGUCCACGGCAACGGGAUGGCCAACAGCAGGCAGUCUCUUAGCAUGAGCCCCUUUCAGACAGUCAACAUCCACAACAACAAGGCCAAGUCCAUUAUCACCAACAAAGUCGCACCUGUUGUCAUCACGUAUAACUGCAGACAGGAAUUCCAGAUUCACGAUGACAUCCUCAAGACCAACUACAAACUGGGCCGGAUAUCGGACACCAUGCCUGAGCACUACCUGGUGCAGGGUCAGUACUUCAUGGUCCAGGAUGUGUACAGCAAAGCAGAUGUCCUAAAUACCACGGGCAGCUACGGAGCACCAAACUUCCGCCAAGUCAAGGGGUCUUACCCUCUGUAUGGCAUGGGUCAGCCCAGUCUGAAUGGCUUCAAACAAGUUCUUCACAGGCUGCAAGCACAAGGACAUGAGGAGAUUAUAUUGUUCUGUGUAAGAGAGGAGCCCGUGGUUUUUCUGCACAAAGAGGACGACUAUGUGCCGUACACCCCCAGGAGGAAGGAAAACCUCCAUGAGAACCUUCAUGACCUGGAAAAGGACGUGAUGGUGGAGGGCCUGGAGCUCACCAUCAGGAAGGAGCUCCAUGACUUUGCCCAGCUCAACGAAAACAUCUUCUACAUCUACAACGACAUCGAGUAUUUCAAGGACGAGCCGCAGAAGAUCUCCAUCACGUGUGAGGAGGACAUCCACGUGACGGAGGAGGUCUACAAGAGGCCCAUGUUCACCAUGCCGGGCUACAGGUACUACAGAUUACCAUUACCGAUGGAGGGAGCACCUUUGGAAGAAGACUUUGACUCUUUCGUCAACAUACUCAGGGAGAGCCCUAGUUUGUCUCAGGGCAGUCAAGUGUCACGGCCUCCGCCUUCUCUGCUCUUUAGCUGCCAGGUCGGUGUGGGCCGCACCAACCUCGGUAUGAUCCUGGGCACACUGGUAAUGAAUCGCCUGAGGGGUGAUUCAGAGACACCAACUCAAGCGGAGGAGAUGGUGACGCCUUCAGAGCCCAAACCGCUUUUCCAGGUCAUCCAAACCCUGAUCAACAAGCUGCCUAAUGGUCAGCAACUCAUGGAAGAGGUUGACCAGGCCAUCAUCCUGUGUUCUGAGAUGCACAACAUCAAAGAAGCAAUGUAUGAGAACAAGAAUAAACUUGAAGGGAUUGGAGAGGACUAUCAAAUACAGGGAAGCAGUACCAAAGACUACUUCCUCAGCAGAACCAUGCAGAGCCUGGAGCGAUACUUCUACUUGGUCGUAUUUAAUGCAUAUCUUCACGAACAGUAUCCGCUGGCGUUUGUGUCCAACUUCAGCCAGUGGAUGUGCUGCCAUGCCUGGCUGUACAGGCUGCUGGGCUGCAUGGACCUGUCAGAGCUGUCGGCCUCAGCUGACCUGGUCACCAGAGGAGCUCGUGUUCUGGUUGCCGAUGAGUACUUGGCUCCUGACGUUCUCAGCACAAUGAAGGAGAUGAAAGCAGUCAAUUUCCGACGAGUUCCCAAGAUGCCCGUUUAUGGAAUGGCCCAGACCACAUCAGAGGCCACCACUGCAGUUUUGGCCCAUCUCACUGAUGAGAAGAGGAAGCACCAGCACGUGCUGUGGGUCAAUCUGCAGGAAGAACUGGUGUUGGAAGGAAAUGGUCAGAUUUUUACACCAAGAGAGCCCUCGUGCUUAGAACAGCACAUUCGUAUCCCAUCAACUGACCCACAAAUAAUAGAGAAACUGGAGACAUCCCUGAAGGAGACGGUCCUUGGAGCUCAGAAGUGGCUGGAGGUGACACUGGAGCAGGACAAACAGAUGAAAAUGUUCAAAAGCUGCCUGACAGUCCAGGAGAUCUUCAACCAGCAUAAAAGCUCCCACCAGGGCUUAGUCUACAAACGCAUCCCUCUGCCAGACUGCAGUGCACCCAAGGAGGAGGACUUUGAUAACCUGCUGGAGGCCAUGAAGGGUACCCUCGCUGAGGAGUCCCACUCAGCCUUUGUUUUUAACUGCUCCAACGGCAAAAGCAGGAGCACCACAGCCAUGGUCAUCGCUGUCCUGACUCUGUGGCACUUUAAAGGCUUCCCAGAGUUCGGUGAUGAUGAGAUUGUCAGUGUCCCUGAUGCCAAGUACACAAAAGGAGAAUUUGAGGUGGUGAUGCAGCUGGUUCGCCUGUUACCUGAUGGUCACAGGAUGAAAAGGGAGGUGGACAUGGCCCUGGACUCUGUCAGCGAGACGAUGACCCCCAUGCACUACCACCUCAGAGAGAUCAUCAUCUGCACGUACAGACAGAUAAAAAGUGGGAAGAGCGAUAGAGAAUGUCAGCAGCUGCUGUUGAAAAGCCUCCAAUUCCUUGAGCGUUACAUUUACCUCAUCCUAUUCAACACAUACCUGCAUCUAGAGAAGAAAGACUCCUGGCAGCGCUCCUUUGCUCUUUGGAUGGAACAGGUGGCUGCCAGGGCUGGAGUUUAUGACAUCCUCAACCAGCUGGCCUUUUCUGAGUUUGAAAACCCCAGGGACACGCAGCUGUCCAGACUGCGUUACCGCUGGCAACAGCAAAGCCUAAAGUCACUUCCUUUCCGAGGGGAGUUUAUUUGA